CCCUUUUCCUCUCUUCUUUGUCAAGACUAGGCUGUCCAAAUCCCCAGUUCUCUCUGUCGAUCACAAAGGCAUUUCUUCAUCUUCCACCUCCGGCCACUUCCCAGCUAAAAUGCCGCCGUCUAAAGGCAAAGGAAAGGGGAAAAAGAAAGGUAAAUCCAAAAAAACAAAAAACAGAGCUCCAGACGCAACAUGCAACUGCAUUUUCCGAAGAGAAAUCAUCAUUAAUAUCCUUUCUCGUCUCCCUGUGAAGACCCUUAUACAAUUCAGGUGCGUUUGCAAGCCAUGGCGAAAACUCAUUUCCAAACCCAAAUUCAUAGCCACCCAUUUCCGCCAUUCCUCUUCUUUGCAGCCCAGUACCGGUUCUUCACCCGUUCUUUUACACACUCGCCAUCUCAAGUCGUAUGAUCAUCUACUCUCACUAAUCAACCUGUCCUCUGAGUCAUCAUCAGUUGUGGAACUUGAUAACCCUUUCCCUUUCUUCUUGCAAAGUAUGGUGGUUGUGGGUUCUUGCAAUGGCAUUGUGUGCCUUUGUCAGCCACCUUGGGGUGAUGUCAUUACUCUUUGGAACCCAGCUAUGAGGCAGUCUAGGACUGUGCCGCUUUCGAAACGCGAACCCAUUAUGGAAGCGCAUUCUUCUGUUUCCAUCGGGUUGGCGUACGAUUCACAAGAGAAUGACUUCUUGGUCUUGAGUCUUAAGCGUUUCGGACCAGAAACUGUGAUUGCGGAUGAAGUGGAAAUGUUUUCAACCAUGAGUUUCAGCUGGGAGAGGGUGCCAAAUGAGGUGGGGUUUCGAGUUCUUGGGCUUUCUUGCAAUCUGAUCAUUAAAGGGGUGCCUUAUUGGAGUGCUCUGCUUGAGGAUGCGUAUGGAUCACGUGAGGUAUUGGUGUGUUUUGAUCUGAGUAAGAAAGUAUUUGACAAGUUACCUAUGCCUGGAAUGAGACUGGAGACUAAGGGGUAUCUUGUGAAUUUGGAGGAUUCUCUUGGUAUGUUAAUGUGGGAGAAAACAGACAAAUAUAAUGUUGAUAUUUGGGUAAUGGAUGAUGAAGAUGGUUGGAGCAAGAAAUGCAAUGUUGGAGUGUUAUUCGGGUUCGACAAAAUUAUUGGCUGUUUGAGGAAUGGUAACAUUGUUGCUGAGGAUGAGAAUGGCGUGUUCUUCCUCUUUGAUCCGGUGACUAGUUCUGUUAAGGCAAAAGUGUGCAUCGAUAAUGCUAAUAGCGGUUCGUCCAUGAUUUUCAACUAUUCAGAGAGCUUAGUUCUGAUUGAAGGGAUGCUACCAGUUAAGAAGCAAGCUGCUAGAGAUAAAUUAGCACGUGAAAACCUCCUAAAGGCUGGCAUGAAUAUAAAGGCCUCUACCACUUGACCCUCAGAAGCUUGACUUGGCUAUACAAAAGACAUUUUGGCUGCCCCUUUUUGCUAACAUCGGAGAUGGCAUGAAAAACUUUUUCACAUACUUUUAGUUAGGAAAUACUAGCAAUGUAUGUAGUUCCUGGUCCCUCUCAUGUUCAUAUUACAGCGUAUAAUUCGUCUCGGCUACUUUGUAUCAGACUCUCAACUAUUUUGCACUGAUCAACUUGUGCUUGAGUAAGCA